UUGGCGCUGGCUUUCAGGGUCGGGCCCACUGCGCUGUGGAGUGCCAACCGGGAGCUGUGGAUCGCCUGGGCUUGGUCGCGGGGUUCAAGUCCCUGAACCUAGGGCGCUGGACGGGCGGGUUUCAGUACUUCUCCCUAGUUUUAUUCAAGUUUUAUUCAUGUUCUGAGGAGGACAUGAGAAGGAACCAUGGAUCUCAUAGCCUUGGUGGAAGCCAUUAUGGAAGAAGUGGCCUGUCCCAUCUGCAUGAGCUUUCUGAAGGAGCCUGUGAGCAUUGACUGUGGCCACACCUUCUGCCAUAGCUGUCUCUUUGGACUCUGGCAAGUCCCAGCAGAAUCUGAGAACUGGGAUUACAUAUGUCCCCUUUGUCGAGCUCCUAUCCAGCUAAGAAACCUGCGUCCUAAUUGGCAGCUGGCCAGUGUUGCAGAAAAAGUUCGUUUGUUACAGCUUUGUCCAGGAAUGGAGCUGAAAGGCGAUGUGUGUGAGCUCCACAGGGAAGAGAUAAAAAUGUUCUGCAAAGAGGAUGGACUGAUUAUGUGUGAGGCCUGCAGCCAGUCCYCAGAGCAUGAAGCCCACAGUGUCCUGCCCAUGAAGGAUGUUGCCUGGGAGUACAAGUGGAAACUCCACAAGGCUCUGGAACAUCUGAAGAAUGAACAAGAUGAGGCCUGGAAGCUGGUAGUUAAUGAGAAGAAACGAACUGCCCUUUGGAAGAUACAGGUGGAAAUCCGAAAGCAAAGUAUCAUGUGGGAGUUUGAGAAGUAUCGUCAAUUACUAAAUAAUCAACAGCCACCGGGUCGGCAGCUAGAGGUGGAGGAAGCUGCAGCUCUGGCCAGUCUAGAACAGGAGAAAGUAGAGACUGUGCAUAAGCUGGAGUUGAGUCACAAGGAGCUCAGACAGCAGAGCCAGGUCUUAUGGAAGAUGGCUGCAGAGUUGGAAGAGAGGUAUCAGAGACCUGUCCGUUGGAUGCUGCAGGGUAUUCAGGAAGUCUUAAACAGGAGCGAGUCUUGGAGACUGCAGCAGCCAGAACCAGUCUCCCUGGAACUGAAGACAGAUUGCCGUGUCCUGGGGCUGAGAGAGAUCCUGAAGACAUAUGCAGCUGAUGUGCUCCUGGAUCCAGAUACUGCUUACUUCCGACUGAUCGUGUCAGAGGACAGAAAAUGUGUGCACUAUGGAGACAUUCAACAGGAACUCCCUGACAAUCCUGAAAGAUUUUACCGCUAUAAUAUUGUCCUUGGCAGCCAGUGCAUCUCCUCAGGCCGGCACUACUGGGAGGUAGAGGUGGGAGACAGGUCUGAAUGGGGUCUUGGAGUGUGUACAGAAAAUGUAGACCGGAAGGAGGUAGUCUAUUUAUCCCCCCAGUAUGGAUUCUGGGUGAUAAGGCUGAGGAAGGGAACUGAGUACCGGGCAGGCACUGAUAAUUACCUGCUUCUGUCCUUGCCAGUUCCUCCUCGCCGCGUGGGGGUCUUCCUAGAUUAUGAGGCCCAUGAUAUCUCCUUCUAUAAUGUGACUGACAAUGGCUCCCACAUUUUCACUUUCCCCCCUCAUCCCUUCCCUGGACGCCUCCUGCCCUAUUUUAGUCCUUGCUACAGCAUUUGUGCAAACAACACUGCUCCUCUAACCAUCUGCUCCCUGGAUGGUGAGGACUAGUAGAGCCACUGUCUACCCUAGCGCCCUUGGAAUUUGGCCUGGCCCACAGGGGUGUYGGAGGAUCCUGCCACUGAGAAGUGUCCCCUUGAACCAAGCCUAGAAUCCAAGGACUCCUCUGCCCAACCCUGUGGUCUCUUGGUACUGGGCCAAAGUUGAUCGCUAAACCACUCAUGUGAAAGAGUGGAGUGUCAGUCAGAUGAUCACUGUGAUCCAUGAGGGAAAAGUAGCAUGGUCAAUGGUGAGGCUCAGCAGUGCUCAGAUACUUUGUUGGUGUAAGGAUCAGGACUUUGUCGAUUCUGUAGCUCACAACCCUCUUGCCUGGUCUCUGUCAAAUGCCACAGUUAAGUCAGUGAGCAUGACAAAGUGGUUCCAAUCUCAGGAAACCUUUUAAACAGGGUUUACCAUUGAGCCUAAAGAAUAAUGUCCCAUUGCCAUCCCCAUCCUGAGCAUGAGCUGAGCAAAUCAUUGUCCCUCAGAUUCUUAGCCCUGCCUUUUUCUCUAAAUGGCAGUAUCAGAAAACCUAUGAGCCUUAGUGUUUUAUUUUCACUUUGUGGAUGAGAAAACUGAAAUGGCCUUGAAGCAAGUUAUUUCUUACAAAGCUAUAAAUUUAAAAUAAAUAAUUUAUUUUAAAUAUUUUUUUAGUUGUAGAUGGAAACACAGUAUUUU